GUCGUGCAUUCACUAUAAAGAUGUAAAAGGCUGCCAUGAAUAAGCAAAUCUUUUUUUAAGCAGAAUGAUGAAAAUUUGAGCUACUCCGUUUCACGGGCACUUCUCGCAGCAUAAAGCUAUUAAAACGAUAAGACACCGCCAGCUUCCCUUGCUAGGGAGUGACAAAUUCGCUUCAGCGUAUUGUAUCAAUGAUGUGCAGAUUACGGUCUCUAACAGCACACAGUGGGGCCGUUCUCCUACGUUGUCACCAUGUACCAUUAAAAGGUCUUUAAUCUGCAGAUCGCCGCCACAAUGCGCUGCUCAUGCCAGCAAUCUGCUGAGUAACAGGCCAGCACGAUGCGAAAACCUCCAGCCUCCGGGGUCGCCUCAAAAACCCGGCUCCCCCGUCAGUCAAUCAUCGCAACUCCAUUAAUGUAUCUGGGUCAUAAAAAAUGGUUUACGGGAGCCGGAGCCGGGUUACGAAACGCAGCGCGGCCGAUAGACGGGCAGGCGGUGGGGGGUCAGCACCCGCUGCGCCCAGUUCUGAAUACCAGCGCCAGAUUCUGUCCUGGUGUCCCUGGAAUACCUGGACAUUUUCUUAAGUAUUUUCAGGGACUCCUGAAUGUCUUCAGCUUAUGGAUAGAAGGAUUGGGAAACCUCAGGUGUGAGACAGCUGAUGAACGAUGGACAACAUGGAUGCUGCCAAGGGAGGGGCACGAAGACCUGCUCUGGCGAGGGCUGGAUGGAUUCAGCUCCCAGACCGUGAGAAACAUGAAGACUCUGCUUCAGGGAGAGGAUGUCAGUCGAGGAUUGACUCUGAAAAGAGCAGGCAUCAGCCUGGCUGUCGUUGCUGGGGAAGUAGCUGGAGUGUUGCAGUCUUUGGAUAUGCAGUAAACAGACAAUGCAAGAAAGCAGUUCAACAUCACUCCUCUGAGCAGAUCACCACAAGCAACAACCAGAAAUUUCUAGCAGGUGGUGAGAGGAAAGCCCCCACGGCAGCCCUGUGUGGCUGGCUAGCAGGAGCGCAGUGGUCUGCUUCUUUUCUGAUAUUGUUCUAAAAAAUUGGGAGGACACUGAAGACAGCCUCACUGGGACAAUGGCAUUGACUUUAGUAACUCUUCUAAGCGUGGAUGAGCCAACAGAAAAUGGGUUGUUGGACAAAAUAAAAUGCUCUAGGCAUUCUGACUGUUGCAGUAGGUGCUUGUUUAACAUGGCUGGGAAUACUGUUAUUAAAAUAAAUAUUUGUUGCUAAGAUACCCUGUUAGUUCAAUAGCAUUGAAAUCUAGUUUGUGUCAUUAGACUGGAGGAGCAGAUAUUUUAUAGAUAUGUCAUUACAGCCAUUGCAGGCAGACCUGGGAGGCAGGGAGGGAACUCCUCAAACACUAAUAAGAAAUAAAGCAGUCACUAGCAGCAGCUCUGACCUGGAGGGCAAACUUACCCUUGGAAGACAAGCAGCUCGCCAAGUGGGAGCAAGAGAGAAGACCAAGCAGGAAAACAGUGGUGAAACAGUGGUAGAAAUGUUUAUUCCAGCUUUCCUAAAGCAAAUUCUCUUUACCAUUAGGAUAGGGAAAGAGGUGUCCCUAGAAAAUUCCAGAUACGAAUUCAGCAUCUUUGAUUAAGCAUCUCUCUCUCCAUUGAUAAUUUAAGAAAUGAGUAGGAAAUGCUGGAUGACUCAUUCCAGCAGAGGUACUGUUUUUCUGAGGAGGAUCAGCAGCUUUUUAAAGAAAAGGCAGUGGCAGUAACAGGUCUUUUUCUUCAUCUGCCUCUCCUUGCCAUCUCACCACGUAAUAAGACUAGGGGGUGGAAAACGUGCCUUGAGAGUGAGCAGCCUUGGCUCCGUGCUUUCCUCAGCCUAAGAAGAUCUGGUUGUGUCUGAAAUGAGAGUAUGCCAACCUCAGCAUGGAGGGGAGCCAGGGAGGGAGCGUGAGGAACCCUCUGUCUCUCCUGUUGACAGGGGACCCCUCUGCAAUCAUUAACGGGGCUUAGCUCCCAAACUUCAUGGGGCUCAGCAGGGAAGCUAGCAAGAGGGAGUCUGAGUUUCAUCUGGGAAGUGGGAGGAGGCUCUGCUUCUUGCAAUAUGUCAUUAAUAACACAAGCGGCCACCUAGUGGGAUCCAGGGUGUUUUGGGACAAGGCACCCACUGCCCCUUCUUGAAGGCUAACUGGAGCCAUUUUCCUCUUGCCUCUUCUGCUUCUCUCACCUUCCAGCCAGAGAGUGGUCAGGGUCAGCAGGGAGGUUCUUUGUGUGUUUAGGUGUCUACCAGAACAGGUCCCAGGGAGGUACUGUACUCUGCCCACACACGUGGGCACCAGAAACAUCCCAGUCUGCAGAUUUCCUUACCGGCAAGCACACGAAAGCUUGAAAAAACAUCACCCCUCUCUUGCUAGAGACUGAGUCAAAAGGGAAAGCACCGAGGUUGGAUCCUGGUUUCAGACACAGAAAUCCUGGGGCAGUGCUGGCACACAAAGGAAAUUUCCCACAUAUUCCCCCUAUUUCUUGGGGCUUUAGCAGCUGAUAUCUUAUUAACAUUUAGAUUUCUCAAUUCAGUUUAUACCGUUUCAUUACAAAGGGCUUUGCCAGAUGGUAACCCUUGCUGUAGCAGUCUAAGAUGUUAUUGCCUCCAGCUGCCCGCUCUGUCCCUCUGUUCAAAGUUAUGACCUUGUAAGAGGCAGCAGAAGGGGCUGCGCACCCAACUGCAUCUGCUCCCAUUCACAAUCCUGCACAUUAAGGCCUUCAGCUAAUGCUGUGGACCAUAAUUUGGAGCAACCAGGGGACAGGUGACAUUUCUUUCUCCUCACUUUGCUAAGGGGGUGAUAACCUUUGCAACUGGGAGUGAGUGACAGCUGGAGCUGGUCACAUAUUAAAGCAGUAGCUCACGUCUCUCAGAGCUCAUGUGUGGCAGUCAUAAGCUGUGCUGGCCCUAGAAGGACUUUACUUAUGUAGUAACGCAGGUACACCGGUUUGAACAAAACGGUUUGCGCUUGGGUGUGUACCUGUAUCACCGUUUCUGCUCUUCGUGCUCCCAAAGAAAGCAAAGCUGUAUUUUAUGAGCAAGCCAAACUAUCCCAGCAAACAUGAACUCUUGCCAGUAUAGCUGGAUCUGCACCAGAGGCUUCUGCUGACACAGCUAAGACAGUCAAGGAUUAUUCUUCUUCUCCCUCCUAUCAACACACCAGGCUGGAAAAUAUCAGUUGCAGAGACUGGAAUAAAAGCAAUCACAACAGUUUGUCUUUUCCGCAGUGCUCCAAUUUAAACAGGGUCAUACAGGCAGCAUCCGUGGGUGCAGUUUUACUGCUGAGAUCAAUUUCAGUGCCCUGCAGAAUUCGACUAGUGGUAAUGUAGUGCGGCUGUAAAAUUAGAAAGCCCAAUUAUGGCCGGGCUCUGUCUGCACAUCUCUCAGCUUUGGUAGUUGGAGCCACCAGCAUAUUCACACGAGAGCAGAAAUCUGCCAGAGAUGCCCAGCAGCCAGCCUCUGAAAACAAAAUAUUGGGACUGCCCACGAAGAAGAGGAGCUCAUCGUUACAUCUAGCUGCUGUGCUGUCUGCUUGUAUAACCAUUUUUUACUUAUAGAGCAGCGAUUCUGGCAGAGUAUAAAUAUUGCCAUAGAAGUUCUGAGCGCGGUGUUGGAGGAGAAACAUGUGGAUUAGCAGGGAUGGCUAGCGAAGCACUCAUGUCACCUCUCUGCAGGGUGAUGGAAAUAUUUUAUUAUUACUAACCUAUCCUAGGAAAUAGAAGUCCUCCAUCCCUUUCCUUGUCCCUGCUGUUUAAUAAUGAGAGUGGUGAACAAUAUGGUGUCCUCGACAGUCUUCAGACCAAGAACCUGUGGACAAAUUACUAAAUUCUUUAAAGCCAAGCAGGUAAAAUCUUGAUCCUACUGACUUCAGCUGGGCAUGGAUUUUACUUUAUGUGCACAAACUUGCCCAUGUGUAUAAAGUCCUUUCAUACCGUGUUCUGCUGUUGUGUAAUAGUUAAAUUAUUUCCCAGCAUUAAUGUUUAACAUAGAUUUUUUUCCAAUUUUAAUGUAGAGUUAAUUGAUUCCAGUUCUGCCCUGAGUUUCUGG